CCUGAAAACCAUUAGUCAAAAUCUCUGAGAACUUUCAAUGUCUUUCCAAUUUUUUGUUUGUGUUCUUUUGAAGACAGCAUGGAUUCCUUUAAAUAAAUUUAAUUAGAAUAUUAUCUAUUGCCAAAAACACCAUUAUUGAUAGAAACAAAAACAAGUCCUAAAUAUAAUGCAUUUAAACAUAAACAAAAACCACUACCCUGCGGAGUUGAUACUUUAAUGUUUUACGUUGUUGCUUUUUACAGCUGAUAUUCCUUUCUUAUUUUGUUCCAGGAAAUGGAAUAAAACCCCCUAUCCUGGUGAGUUAACAGCAAAUUGAGAGAAUAGCUAGAAACAGGAAUAAAAUGUUUGGCUCAACUGCAAACAGAAUCAGUCAUCUUCCAGCGGAAAAAAUCUUGAUGUGUUUGCCAUUACAAGAUGCGCCGAGGACUAGUGUUUUGUCAAGGAAAUGGAGGUAUAUGUGGGUGAAACUUCCCCAACUUGUAUUUGAUGAUAUGUUCUGCAGAGAAUCAAUCAGAAAACAGAAGAAUAAACUUAUGAUGACUAUUUAUCAAGUUCUGCUACUUCAUCGUGGACCAAUACUCAAGUUCACUCUCUCUUUAUCUGGACUUAAAGGCUGUUCUGAGAUUGUCCAGUUGGAAGGGUGAACCUUAUAAAUUGCCAUCAUCACUGUUUUCACGUCCGCAACUUGAGAAUUUGGCUCUUUGUUCUUGUAUGUUUAAGCCUUCACCUGAAUUCAAAGGUUUUAGCAAUCUCUUUUACCUGGAGGAAUGAGAAUAAGAUAUCAUUUAAGGAGAAACAUCUAAUAUGGUCAUGCUUUUUGAUAGUCUACCUGUCAUCCAGUAUUUGGAAAUAGACUAUUAUUAUGUUAAGAACUUGGCUAUUGGCGGUGUACCAAAGAGGCUUCCAAUUACUCUGAACCACCUUAUAUAUCCUGUGUUGUCUGGUAUUUGUUUUCGGGAACUAGAUGAGGUCUCUUUUGUUCUUUGCUUAAUCAAAAGCUCCCCAAAUUUGGCAAAACUAAUAAUUCAGGCAUGUGUCCUUGAACCUAUGGUCAUUGAUGAUCCUGUUCUAGAGCUUUUAUAUGCACAAGAGUGGUCGGAUAUCUCUUUAAAUCAACUUCGAAGGGUGCAUAUGUAUAAUAUAUCUCGAACAAGGUCUGAAUUGGAGUUUAUUAAGCUUCUAUUAGCCAAAUCCUCAAUGCUGGAGACAAUGCUUAUUGAACCUGACUGGUAAGAAGUUGCUGACAAAGGAUUGAGGAUUUUGAAAGAGUUGACAAGAUUUCCGCACUCAUCACCUAAAGCAGAAAUCACAUACAAUGAUUCAGAUGGAGGUCUCUCUGAAGAUGAAACCUCUGAAGAUGAAGUUUAGCAAAUGGUUUGUAUCCUUUUUUUACUAGCUUUGAUAGUGAGAUGAUCUUUUUGGUAUUCAUUGUCUGCCUGCUAAGUCUUAACAGCUGCUAAUGAGAUUCACUGAGGGAAAGUGGAAUAUCUCUAGAUAAAAACAUAAUGUUC